AGGCACAGAUUUGGAACGACGUGAGGGCUGUGACUGGGACCAGUUGCCAGUCAUCUGCUGAGGUGGUCUUCACUGAAAGUUUGGAUAUGAGUUCUUUCCUUGUCUGUGUUACCUGUCUACUUUUUCUAAUAGAUGGAGUGUACCUUAAACAAGUAUGCAGUAAGCAAGAUGUGCUGGAAUACUUAAAUCUCACCAGAGGCAAUGAGAAAUUCACAACUUGCCGUCCUGCACUGGACUGGACACACCCCACUGUAGUGUAUGUUGAUAUUUACCUAUACGGCAUCCUUUCUAUGAUUGAAAAAUCUCAAAUCUUUGUACCUCUUUUAUGGAUGUCUGUGAGCUGGAACAAUGAACGAAUCUAUUGGGAUCCUAAGGAGUUCUGUGGCAUUAAAAAUGUGACUUUACCAAAAGAGAUGCUUUGGAAACCAGACCUGUAUGUUCUUGAGACUGCAGAGAAGGAGGAUGGACCACUAAACCCAUUUUUGGUUAUCACUCAUGAUGGAAAUGUGAUAAUGGAGGAGGACCAUAAAAUUGUCAGCACCUGCACAAUGAAUGUGCACAAAUUUCCUUUUGAUACUCAAACCUGCCACAUUACAGUGACUUCAAUUAAUCACUCAGAUAAAGAAAUAAAGCUGGUUCCUGCCUCCAAUUCAUCAAAAGCAACACAGGUAGCUCGGGAAAGCAUAUUAACCCAAGGAGAAUGGGUAUUCUUGAACAUAUCCGUCUCAAUGGACAAAGAUAAUUAUGAGGGCCAAACUUUUGACAGGAUAAAGUACACGAUUUCAGUCAAAAGGAUGCCCCUGAUGCAUUUCAUCAAUUUUCAGCUACCAAUAUUGUUUUUCCUCAUUUUGGACCUAGCUUCUUUUUUCAUACCAGAUAGAGGGGAGAAACUGUGCUUCAAAGUGACGGUACUACUGGGGAUCUCUGUACUUUUGCUCAUCCUAAAUGACAUCCUGCCAUCCAAAUCUCACAGAUGUCCUCUGAUUGCUACGUAUGUCAUUGUCAUCUUUUCCUUCAUGUUGUUGAGUCUUCUGGAGACAAUUUUGGUGAUAUACUUAAUCAAUAUGAGCUCUGAACAAGACACUAAGCUGGUUCAGAGACCUGAAGAUCUCAACUGUGAAACAGAUAAAUGCAAAGGAGACAGCAGUGAUCACAUCUGUUAUUCUCUAGUGGAGGCUCCUCUAGAGACUCUGAUGUUGAAGGAAAUAUACAGCAAAGACAAAAUGAAUGACUUGCACUUAUUGCAGAUGAUCCUGGAAGAGCUUCAGACUAUUAAACAGACUCUUCCUCCCCAUACUUUAAAAGGCCAUACUGGUCAGAAGUACUGGUUAGGAAUGGUCAAAUACAUUAACAGGCUUUUCUAUGUGGUUUAUCUCAUCUCAAUUUCUCUCUUUCUUGGUUUCAUAUUUCGAGAGUGGAAAGUUGAGUAAUUUAAAAUCUAAAAUGUUCAGAUCAGUGCAUAUAAUAUUACAUACAUUUUGUCUUCCUGCAUACUGUUAUUCUACAAAGAGCUGCAGCAUACACUUCAAAUUAUCGUGUGGUAAUUUUUAAUCACUGGUUGCUUUGUACACUAUAAUGUGUUUAUAUGUGAAAUAAAGCAUGCUUUACGAGAAUAUCCAAAACAUUGUGAAAAAACCUGACACAAACUGAAUGCAUUCUCUCUGGCAGGGAACCAAAAUUAUGUUUAAUAUGGUAGAUGUCUGUAAUGGAGACUGGAGUGGAUCUAAAAGUGGAAUGUGUUUACAUUAUGAUAUUGAUGCCAAGACCUCUGAAUAUUGACUUAUUUUUUGCCCUGGUGAGAGAGAAUAAAAUACUUAUUUAAUAAACAUUACAACAUUUUAAUAACCGGUUUUCCGUGUUGACCGUUGGUGUUGCCCCUCUCCCCGUUCACCAAAAGCAGGCCUAGUGGCCUACAAACCAUAUAUCUAUGUUACAAACAA